CGUGUAGCCUCGAUUCCAGUAUUUUAAUGCGGUCUGGAAUCGAGGUUAAUGAGGAUGUUGUCAUGAUUAUAACCUCAUUCCUCUGCUCAUUCCUGAUUCCUCCACAAUGUGUUCUGCUAAAAGGAUGUUUGUUGUUGUUGUUGUUCUGACUUAUGCGAUAAUUGCUGUAAUUGGUUGUGCCCUACAUAGGAAAGGACUUGCCUUAUUCCAAAUUCUACCAGUCCACACCUGAAAGAGACAAGCAGAGAAACUUGGAAGACAACUUCGUUCGUUUGCAAGAAGCCAAUAUUGUGCUGUCUAAUCCCUUUUCAAUCUUUAAAGAUCCUAGUGUCCUGCCAGAGUUCUGCUUUAUUGUUGUAAGCAUAAGCCGACCAGCCAACAUGGAGUUUCUUACUCAAGUUGUGGCAGGCCUUGUUACUCAAUUAGCUGGAACAAAUUCCGUGUUUGCCCUGUACAAUGCUGAAGGAUCCACCCACCUAGAAGCGUUAAAACUGUCAAGCACUAUUUCAGUCAUAUCUAAUCCUAAGCAGAGUGCAACUGUAGACAAGUUUUCAAAGGAAAAAGAAGAUUUAGUGUUUGCUCUCCAAUGGUGUUACAAGAAAAAAGCCAGAUACACAGUAAUUUUCGAAGAUGAUGCCUUACCCUUGCCUUAUUUCAUGACUCGAUUGCAAUUUAUACUAAAGCAACGUAUGCCGCACUACAAGCAAGACUGGGCAUUUUUAAAACUCUUCUACCCUCCAAAGUGGCAGGGCUGGAGUAACGAAUUGCAUAUUAUUAAAGAGUUGAUACUAACUUCACUCAUUGGAUCUUUUGUGCUCACGUCUGUCGCUUACUUUGUGCAAAUAGUCUGCAAGAAUAGACACACCAAUUAUCCCAAAAAAUGUGAUCUCAUUUUAUUAGUCACACUCUCUUUCAUCUUUUCUAUGUACACUCUGUGGACACUAGGGAGACCUCAUUGGCUAGUUUUACUUGGAAAUAUUUCCUUUCACUUCAACUUCAUUGUACCUGCGCCAGGCUGCUGUACACCAGCUGUUUUGUACCCCCAGGAGCACAUAAGCAACUUGAUUAACUACUUGAACUCAGUCACUUGUUCAUUAUCAUUUCCAGUAGAUAUUGCUCUGGAUACGUUUGUGAUGAAGCAAGGUUUAAAGCAGUUAAUGGUUGUGCCAGACUUGAUCAAACACAUUGGUUUUGUAUCUAGUUUGGGGAAAGGUUGGAAGGACCCAAUUGAAUUCAGAUUUUAGUUCUUACGUAUGUUGACUUUCUAGUAGACAUCUCCAUACGUGAUGUAUUAUAGUUUGUUAUUACUGAUGAAGACAUUAAUUUACAAGACCCAAUCAACUCUGGCGACACAAAGUUUAUGUCACAAGAUAUUUGCCUAAAAAUAAUGGAUGCGCAGUGUAUAAUAACAUUCAAUUGGCACUUGAUAAUGCCCGAGGGCCCACGCAAUAGCUAUAUAUACUUUAUAGCACGACAAAAUUAGAACCCUUGCAUUUAAAACUAAUUAAGCUAUACUAUAAAAAUACAGUGACAACAAAAUUAAUUUGCUUUUUAUUACCUUUUUUUUUUAUUAAAUUUUUCUCCUCA